GCACCGCGGUGCAGGCGUGCCGAACAGCGCGUCGUCGGUCCGCAGACCCCCCAGGCUCGACAUAAGGUUCGCACUCCGGUCGGCCAACCGUCAAUUUGUGUUUGGACGUGAACGAAGCUGCUUCGAUCGCUUCUUGUCUGACAUAAUCAAACAACACUCAAACUCUCGACUACUUUUUUUUGUCCGUUAACUCGUUCCUAUAUUAACGAAAACACUUCAAAAUGGUAAGUAAAACUCACGAUUUUUCUCUACCGUCGUAGACGAUAUGCGCGAUAAUAAACCGAUAACGCGAGCGAGAGAGCGGAUUGUCGCGGUACAACGAUAAUUUGGGUUUUUUUUUAAGGUUAAAUGCGCGCUCCCCACCCCUCCACCCAUUCCUCGCAGGUACCAUUGGCUUUUCCACGUUUAUUCGGUUAUCAAUUUCCGGCCCGUAGGCUCUGGACGUGUUUUUCUUCCACGUCGAACUGUGGUUGUUUCGGGCGUGGCGGGGCGGGGUCGGGUCACCGGGAAUUUCCGUUGCCGAAUCGCGUCGGGAGACCGUUUUGUUGUUUCGCAUCGUCCGUAUUAUAUUUGCGUGCCUACAUAAUUGCAUUUUUCGUUUCUCCAAAUCCCACUUCCCCAGUCCCCCCCGCGGCGACUUAUGGUCUGACGGGUUUUCAAAUCGUCGGAAUGCCAUGCGAUCUUUUAGGUUAUGUUAGGUUACCUAACCGUUGGUAUGAGUCACGAUUUCAUCCGAAUUCCUUUUCUCGGGCGUGUUCGUCAUGGCAAUACGUUUUAUUCGUCAUGGCCUUCGGUUUUAGCCGUCGUGUUGAUUGUUUUGGAUGUUGGAAAUGUUAUUGUUAAAUUUUCUAUAUAGCUAUGUGCAACAUUACGUGUUUUCAUUACUCAUACCCGUUACAACGUAGAUACGCCUAUAAAAAAUAUAAUUUACACGACCGGGGGGUAAAUUCAAUCCUAAAGUCGCGGUUAUAGUUACCAACCUAAUAGUUGUUAUCACGGAAGUAAAAUUGUUAUCGUUAUCAUUAUCGAGGAGUGUAAAUUACAAACGAUGUAUGCUUCGUGAUAGUCCCUAUCAUUAUCGCUAUAGUCGCUAUCAUCGUGAUAGUUACUAUCAUUAUUGUGAUAGUCACUAUCAUUAUUGUGAUAGUCACUAUCAUUAUUGUGAUAGUAUUGUUAACACAAUGAUAGUACAGUACAAUUCUUUUGAUUCGGUUACACCUCGUUAAUAUUUCUGGGGAAUUGUUUUUGAAAUUUUACGUUUCUCAUUGUGUAACGCUUGGGUAGAUAUAUUAAGUAUGUACAGUUUCUAUUUCGAGUAAUUAAUAAGUAUUUUUAAUAUUAACCUCUACUGUUCGGUACACAAUUUAAGUACCUAACGUCUGUUGAAGUUAAUUAUUUAAUUCAGUGUACCUAUUUAAUUUCAUUAUUUCGGAAAUAAAUUGGGUACUUAGUGUUUUUAUACUAGGUACUUAGGAUUUGUUUUUACUUUCAGUACUUUGCGAGGUUGCCUACAUUAUUAUUUUGUUUUCAAUGUCGUAUCAUAGUGAAUUAUAAGUUAUUAUUGAGUAUUUGUAUUAAUAGUGGAAUUAUUCUUAUAGCGUGAAUGUAUCUCUGUACACGUUGGCCAAGCCGGUGUCCAAAUCGGUAAUGCAUGCUGGGAAUUGUAUUGCUUGGAACAUGGCAUUGCUCCUGAUGGUCAAAUGCCAUCUGACAAGACCAUUGGAGGUGGAGACGAUAGUUUUAAUACUUUUUUCAGCGAAACUGGAUCCGGUAAACACGUGCCCAGAGCUGUGUUUGUCGACCUCGAACCUACUGUUGUUGGUAAGUUGUUGUGUGCCAUUGAUUAGUAUGUUUAAAAUUGUAAUAAUAAAUGUUAAUAAUUUAAUUAAUGUAUAUUAUUUAUGUUAUAGAUGAGGUAAGAACUGGAACAUAUCGUCAAUUGUUCCACCCUGAACAACUCAUCACUGGUAAGGAAGAUGCUGCCAACAAUUAUGCACGUGGUCACUACACUAUUGGAAAAGAAAUUGUCGAUGUGGUUUUGGACAGAAUCAGGAAGUUGGCCGACCAGUGUACUGGACUUCAAGGUUUCUUGAUCUUCCACUCUUUCGGUGGUGGUACUGGAUCCGGAUUCACUUCUCUGUUGAUGGAAAGACUCAGUGUUGACUAUGGAAAGAAGAGUAAAUUGGAAUUCGCCAUCUACCCUGCCCCCCAAGUGUCCACGGCCGUUGUUGAACCCUACAACUCAAUUUUGACUACGCACACAACUCUUGAACACAGUGACUGUGCAUUCAUGGUCGACAACGAAGCUAUCUAUGACAUCUGUCGCCGUAAUCUUGACAUUGAACGUCCAACUUACACCAACUUGAAUCGUCUCAUUGGCCAAAUUGUUUCCUCUAUCACUGCUUCACUUCGUUUUGACGGUGCCCUCAAUGUUGACUUGACUGAAUUCCAGACCAACUUGGUGCCAUACCCUCGUAUCCAUUUCCCCUUGGUCACCUACGCGCCAGUAAUCUCUGCUGAAAAGGCUUACCAUGAACAGUUGUCUGUUUCUGAAAUAACCAACGCUUGUUUCGAACCAGCUAACCAGAUGGUAAAAUGUGACCCACGUCAUGGAAAAUACAUGGCUUGCUGCAUGUUGUACCGUGGUGAUGUUGUACCCAAGGAUGUCAAUGCUGCCAUUGCUUCCAUCAAGACCAAGAGAACCAUUCAGUUCGUCGACUGGUGUCCAACUGGAUUCAAAGUUGGUAUCAAUUACCAACCCCCAACUGUGGUACCUGGUGGUGACUUGGCUAAAGUACAACGUGCCGUAUGCAUGUUGUCCAAUACUACUGCCAUUGCUGAAGCUUGGGCUAGGUUGGACCACAAAUUUGACUUGAUGUACGCCAAACGUGCUUUUGUCCAUUGGUAUGUUGGAGAAGGUAUGGAAGAAGGUGAGUUCUCUGAAGCUCGUGAGGACUUGGCUGCUUUGGAAAAGGAUUACGAAGAAGUCGGCAUGGACUCCGUUGAAGGAGAAGGUGAAGGUGGUGAAGAAUACUAAUUCAAAACAACAGCAAUAAUGUUUCAGAAAAAUCACGCUUGAUUACAAAUUCCAGAAAUUAAAUUAACCUUAUUACUUUUUUUAUAUGGACAUUUUUAGAAGUUUUAUUAUUUAAAUGAAAGCAAACGCAAAUGAAAUAACUACUUGUUUUUUUAUUUCUUAUAAAAUUGAGAUUACAUCCUUUCUAUCUUGAUAAUAAUUGCAUUAUAAAAUAUUAAUUUUAUUUAUGUACAUUAUCGGCAAAAGAUUUGGUUCAAUCUUUUGGGUAAAAUUUCUGCAGCCACUUUUUUGGCGUGUACCUUAUCCCGUCAAAUUUUUUAAAGUAUUGGUUUAUGUUUUUAUGUCUGACCUAAAAUGGUAAAAUAUUCAAAUUAGAUUGAAUAUUGUGUAUUUAGGUACAUUUAUAAUUGUAUUUACUUCAACGUUUUCUAAUCCUAUCAUGUUUUUUUGAACCUCGAUAAAUUCGUUAUCGUCUAUAUCUACCAACAUGUAAUAUUCUGGUUCUCUCGAAAGGUCCUAACAAAAUAAAACAAAUUGAAUUAAUAAAAUAAGCUAUACCUUUGUUUUAAAUAUCAAAACC